AUGGAUGUGAUUAUGGAACGUUCGUUCGAACUCGCGAAAGAGGCACUUGCUGCCGGCGAAGUUCCUGUUGGUUGUGUGUUCGUGCGAAACGGUUCGGAUAUCAUUGCUGCCGACAGAAACCGUGUGAAUGAGUUGAAAAACGCUACGAAACACGCCGAAAUGUUGUGCAUUGACUCGGUCGUGAAGAAGUAUUCGGAUUAUUCUGAAGUGUUGCGCGGUUCGGUGGUUUAUGUGACUUGUGAACCGUGUAUAAUGUGUAUGCAAGCGUUGCUGGAAGUGAACGUCGGCGAGAUCGUUUACGGAUGUCCAAAUCCGAGAUUCGGCGGCUGUGGAUCCGUGCUGGACGUUUUAGCUUUGAACUCGAGAACGAUGCGAGUUACUAAGGGUGUGCGAGCCGAAGAAGCUGUAAGUUUGUUGAAGAAAUUCUAUGAAUGCGAAAAUCCCAACGCCCCGGAGAGUAAAGUUCGGAAGAAGGUUUCUGUGACGAAUGGCAUUAUGAGUGAAUCCCAGUCAAAAGAUAUGUCAACUAUCCGGAGCGAACUCGCAGACUUGGUUAGACGUAGGACCGAAAUCGGGGACAAUUUGGCAAACUUAGAGAACCAGAUUUAUGCGUUUGAAGGAAGUUACCUUGAAGACACCCAUCAUUAUGGUAAUGUGAUUCGGGGAUGGGAUCCUCAUCUGAGUCCGAAUCGAAUAUUUUCUGUGGACGAGAAAGGAUCAUAUAGUCGAAAAAUCAAAGAAGCGCAACGUCUUUUUUCCAAAUCUUCCGUUACGUACAGUGCCGUUUCACUAGGAAUUUCAUCAAACUCGGCAAAGGAAACAAAUGGCACUGUUGAACACGUUGAACGUCGUAUUCCAGACUCUCGAGAAUCCUUCGGUUCUUACGAACGUAAAAAGCAGAAGGAAAUUCAACCACCCUCCACGGGUCGGAAGAAACGUUCGAAGUCGACGGGACACGCUCAGAAGAAAAUGAAGAGUGCCUGA